AUGGAAUUUUAGUCAGAUUCUGAAUCGGUUGCUUCAGUACAACCGCCAGUAAUAGAAAAAAAGAAUAGUUUAGGAAAAACUUUUAGAUUUAUAGAAAAAAUCGAUGCAGGCUCCUUCGGAGAGAUAUAUCACGCAAAAGAUUUAGAUACAGAUACAAAUGUUGCAAUUAAAUUAGAAAAAACUGAUUCAAAAUAAAAACUACUUUGCUAUGAAGCUAAAAUAUUAUAAUUUUUAAAUAAUCACAAAAAUUGCAUAGGAUACCCAAAAGUUUAUUAUUGCUCAACAGAAGAGCCUUAUAAUGUCAUGGUAACUGAAUUAUUAGGUCCUUCAUUAGAAGAUUUAUUUAAUAUUUGCGGAAGAAAAUUUUCAGCAAAAUCUGUAGCCCUAAUUGGAUUGUAGCUUAUUGAAAGGUUAGAGUUUUUACAUAAAUGUUACUACAUUCACAGAGAUAUUAAGCCAGAUAAUAUUUGCAUAGGAUUGGGAAAAAAUAGCAAAACUUUAUAUCUUAUUGACUUUGCUUUUUCCAAAAGAUUCAUUUAAAAAGACGGUUCACACAUCCCUUUCUAAGAAGGAAAAUUUUUCACUGGAACUGCACGUUAUGCAUCAAUCAAUGCAUAAAAGUAUUUUGAGCAGAGUAGGAGAGAUGAUCUAAUUUCAUUGGGCUAUUCUUUGGUAUAUUUAAUGAGGGGUAGAUUACCAUGGCAAGACUAUAAAGUUUUGCAAAAGAAAGAAAAAUAUGAAAAAAUAUUAGAAAAGAAAUAAAACUUAAAUUUAGAAUAGCUAUGUGCUAAGCUUCCUGAAGAGUUAUUUGAAUAUAUGAAAUAUUGUACAUCACUUGAAUUUGAAUAAAAGCCUGAUUAUAUUUACAUAAAAAAUCUAUUUAGUGAAAUGGUUAAAAAGUAUAAUUUAGAUAAAAAUGAAGAUUUUGAUUGGAAUAUUGUUGCAUAAGAAGUAGAAUAUUGA